AUGGGGUGCAGAGCGGCUACGUAUAGCUACGCUGUGCUUCGCCUUGCCCUCCUUGUCGGUGUCCUACUAGUGUCUGUAGCUGCUGUAUAUUUUUUUCCCCUUCGCAUUGGAUUAGAUCAUCAGGGUGGUACAGUGGACCUGGGUCAGGUAUCCUUUGAGAGAGUGGAUGACUACAUGAUGGCAGAGACCCUCCGCUACAUUCCACGCAGUGUUGUGGACACGUGGGCCCAGCGUGAGUACCUUGUGGUGUUUGGCAUCCCGUCGGUAGACAUUGAGGCACGGCGGAGGCGG